GCAUUUUAAAAAUGAAAUUUCUGAUUGUCUUCGCUGGCCUCAUUGCCGUUGCUCUGGCUGCACCACAAUGGCCGAAUGGUCCGGGUGGCUUCCACGGGAAUAACCCACAUCCUAGCAUAGGCGGCUAUGGCGGAACCAAUCCAAUACGAUGGUGGUUUUUGGCGGAUCUCCGCAUAUUGGUGGCUAUGGUGGAACCAACCAAUACGAACACGGACACAAUCAUGGCUUUGGAAACGGAGGCUUUAACGGAGGACAUGUUGGACCUCAUGGUCAUGGACCCAUUAACGGAGGACAUGUUGGACCUCAUGGUCACGGAAACCCACAUGGAUAUGGUGGACACUAUUAAAUUCCAAUAA